AUGCCGCCGCGAUACUUCAAGAACGAUGCGCCGCUGGCUCGGCGAGAUCCUCGUCGGCAGCUCGAAGCAUCACUCACGCGACUCGUCAACGAACACCCUCCGUCCGAGAUCAAGCCUGGCGGCGGCCUCUUCAAGGGCCCCGUCAGUGUCGCCUACACUUUCCUCGUCCUCCAGCAAAUGUACCCAGAUCUCGUCAUCGAAAGCGUCGCGUUAGGAACAUGGUCAGCCGCCUACCUCAAACAAGCCCAAGACAACAUUGCGCAAUACCCAGGCCCUUCGGCGGGCAAGUGUGGAAUCACAGAUGAUAUUCUGAGUCUUCUCGCGAUCGGAGCAGCAAGCAGCAAAGAUGCGGACAUGGUUGCGAAUCUAUGCGACUAUUCGGCGGAAGCGAUUGACCCCGACACUGAGAAUGAGCUGCUGUAUGGCCGAGCUGGAUACCUCUACCUCCUGCGUAUGGUCAAGGCCAGCUUCAUCGACGACGAGAAGACAUUGCAGCUUAUCACAGACACCCAGGACGAUGUAAUUGACACCAUCCUCGACUCCCCUCGACCCUGGCGAUGGCAUGGCAAGGCAUACAUCGGCGCUAUCCAUGGUCUCAUCGGCAUCAUCACGCAAGUCGUGCUCACAAAUCCUCCAAAGUACGCAGAGAAGAUGGAAACAGACCUCGCCGUACUUCUCACGUACCAAUACGACAGCGGGAACUUCCCCUCCAGCGUCCCUCCCGAGCGUGAUCGCUUGGUACAAGUCUGCCACGGCGCACCAGGUGUCGUCAACUCCCUGCUCAGCAUUCGCCACUACUUCCCGAAUUUGAAGGAGAAGAUCGACAAAGCGAUCCAGAAGGGCAGAGAGUGCGUGCUGGAGCGCGGACUACUCACGAAAGAGCCAUGCCUAUGCCACGGUAUUUCUGGCAACGCGCUGUGUCUCGAGGACAAGGAGUUUGAGCAUUUCUUGACUUACACCACUGGACAUGAGAUGAAGUCGAUGGAGAAGGAUGGCAUGCUUGAGAAGAGCUCGGCGCCGGAAUCGUUGUUCUUUGGCGAGGCGGGUAGGGCUUGGACGUGGGCUGUCGCAGACAAGGGUUUGGAGAAGAGGAUCCUUGGGUACAAUGAUCUCUAG